UGCAUGGCUCUGUCAGGAGAGGUGUGUGUGGUGACGGGAGCCUGCGGGUUUCUGGGAGAAAAGCUGGUCCGACUGUUGCUGGAGGAGGAGAAGAAUCUGUCUGAGAUCCGGCUGCUGGACAGAAACAUCCGCUCAGAGCUCAUACAGACGCUUGAGGAUGCCCGUGGAGAGACUGAAGUCAGCGUUUUUGAGGGUGAUAUCCGGGACCGAGAGCUGCUGAGAAGAGCUUGUAAAGGAGCAACAUUGAUUUUCCACACCGCGUCUCUCAUUGACUACAAUGGAGCUAUUGAAUACAGUGAAUUACACGCAGUUAAUGUUAAAGCGACGCAGCUCCUGCUGGAGACCUGCAUCCAAGAGAGCGUGUCCUCCUUCAUUUACACCAGCAGCAUUGAGGUAGCGGGUCCCAAUCGCAGCGGUGAACCCAUCAUCAACGGCCACGAGGACACUCCUUACUCCUUCUGUCCUAACAGCAACUACAGCAGAACCAAGCUGGAGGCGGAACAGAUCUGCCUUCAGGCCAAUGGAGAGCUGCUGCGGGACGGAGGACAUCUCACGACCUGCGCUCUCAGGCCCAUGUUCAUCUACGGGCCGGGCAGCAGGUUUACUUUAGAAAGCAUGAGGGUUACCAUCCGCUAUAGAAACAUGCAACCCAGACUCUCACAGCACGAUGCAAAAGUCAAUCCUGUAUAUGUGGGAAACGCAGCCCUGGCGCAUCUACAAGCAGGACGUGCCCUCAGAGACCCACAGAAAAGAGCGGUGGUGGGGGGAAACUUCUAUUACAUCUCAGACGACACGCCACACCUCAGCUAUUGUGACUUAACCCAUGCUGUUCUGUCACCUUUAGGAUUUAGUAUACAAAACAAGCCGAUCCUGCCCAUUUUUCUGCUGUAUCUCCUGUGCUUCUUCAUGGAGAUCCUGCAGGCGGUGCUCCGACCCGUCCUGAGAUUCACUCCACCCCUAAAUAGGCAGGUAGUGACCAUAGUUAACACACCUUUCAGUUUCUCCUAUCAGAAGGCUUGCAGGGAGUUCGGGUACAGUCCUCGGUAUGACUGGGAGGAGGCACGCAACAGCACUACUGAUUGGCUGGCGUCUGUGUUACCUGCUGAAAGACGAUUGGCUAACAAGACAUGA